GUAAUUAGGCGUUCUUAUAUAUAUUAGGUUAGACAUGGCUUCCUGUUAGAUAGUUACUAUGAAGGUGCUGGCUGUAUUGUUUUUAGCUUCCUUGGUCUCGGCCAAACAUGAAGUUUAUUCAGGAUGGAAGUCUUACUACGUCAAUCCGUCCACUCAAGAGCAACUCGCAUCCCUAGGACAGCUUAUACCAUAUUUAGAAUUGGAUUUCAUCAGCUAUGCAUCCGUGAACAGACCAGGAGUGGUUCUUGUUAAACCAUACCAUCAGGAAAAAUUUAUAAAGUUCUUAGAAGAAGAAAACAUUGAUCAUUGGGUGCACAGUGAAGAUGUUAAAGAAUCUCUUGAUAUUGACGAUGCUAUCAUAGAGGAAAUAAAUCAGAAAGAAUCAAAAUUUAAUGGCGUCAGGAUACCGUAUAAUAAUUACCAACCUUUGGAAGUUAUCUACCAAUACAUUGACAUGAUUGCGGAGAAAUAUCCUGAAGUUGCUACUUUAGUCACUCCGGCUAAUUCAUUCGGAGGAAUCCCAAUCAAAUAUUUGAAGAUUUCCAAGAACAAAUUUCAAGGAAACAAACCUGUUAUAAUCAUUGACGCUGCGAUGCAUGCAAGAGAAUGGAUAACGCCACCAACAGUGACUUAUGCUAUCCACAAGCUGGUUGAAAAUGUCACUGAACCGGACUUGCUCGAAAAUUUCGACUGGAUCUUGUUACCAGUUGCUAAUCCCGAUGGUUAUAAAUAUUCUUUUGAGAAGGAACGUUUUUGGCGUAAGACUCGUUCAACUGACCAACAUCCCACGAGUAGAUUAUGUCCAGGCGUAGAUGGAAACAGGAAUUUUAAUUUUGUUUGGAAUACAAUUGGUACCAGCAAUAACCCUUGUUCUGAUAUAUACGCUGGCGCAAGGCCCCAUUCAGAAAUAGAAGUGAGGGUAGUCGAAAAUAUUAUAACAGAACACUUAGACAAUGCUCUUAUGUACUUAACCAUGCACAGUUUUGGAAGUUAUAUUCUUUACCCUUGGGGUCACGAUGGUUCACUGCCACCCAACGCCUUUGCCUUACACCUUGUUGGAGUAGAAAUGGCUGAUGCGAUAACCAAUGUACAGUUACCUAAUUUCCCAAAAUACCGGGUCGGUAAUGCUGUAACUACUCUUGGAUAUCCGGCUUCUGGUGCUGCAGAAGACUAUGCUCAUAUGAGGGGCGUUCCUUUGUCGUAUACCUACGAGUUGCCUGGAUUGAGAAGUGGUUUCCAAGGUUUUCAUUUAGAUCCAAGGUAUAUAAGACAGGUCAGCGAGGAGACGUGGAUCGGUAUUGUUGCAGGUGUCAGAAGAUCUCUUCAAUUUGCUAGUAAUAAAUAAUUUAUGAUAACUGAUAAGUAAAUAAAACUAUUUCCAAUAAUAA